GUCAUCAUGUCGUAGUCGUUUAGAAACGCGUCGGUCUCGGUGUUUGUAGUAGUCGUCAAGUGUGCGCUCGUCGUACUUAAUAACUAAUAAGUGUUGUCGCUGACGCCGAGCGCUUCCGAUUUCCUUCGCCGUCUGACUAAUAUUUAGGCUCACUAUUCGGUUUUUUUUUUUUUUAUUAGUAAUCUUCGUCUUAAAUUAGAGGUGAAACAAAUAAAAAGUCAGUUAGGUGAUUUUCAUCUUCGACUGAAGUUUUUUGCCCUCCCCCCCUUUCAUUAUCAAAGACGUUGAUUACCGAAUUAACGCGUGUCGCAUCCGUCAUAUACGCGUACAUGUAUGCGAAAACUCAUACUUUCGGAACGCCUCAAGCCACCACGGGCAUGCCGUCGCAGCCACCACUCAUCCGUCCCAGAUUGUUCGGGAACAAAAAGAUGGCGGGGUUUCUGCAGGAUUCUGACGGUUCAGACUUACACGACAUGAGUUCGGUAAUCGAGGGUUUUCAGAAGAAAAACAGCGUCGGGUCUAUGGGAUCAACGACGGCGAUGGCCACGACCGCCGGCAACCAUAUGGCGUCGUCGAAGAAGAACACGUCGUCGUCGUCUUCGAGUUCACGGAUGGAGUCGUCGUCGUCCACAUCGUCUACGUCAUCCUCUUUGAAGCACGUCCUGCACCGACAGGUGUCUGAAAUGACGACCACGUCAUCUGAACUUCAAAACUCUCAGCUGCUUCAGCAGCGGAUACUCAUGGACAGCGGUGACGUUUCCGCGGUCAACGCCACGAGCACCGAUGACGUGGAUUGCAACCUCGUCGACGGGACAGACCCGCUGGUCACGUUUCCCGAGUCACCUCCUGUUUUGGUGUCCAACGUGUCGCCACUGAUGCAUGUGUCCACCACCCGCCCCAAACCGGUUCGUGUGGCCGUGGACGGACGACUGAAACACCCGGCUGCGACCACAGCGGCGACCACCGAGCGGCGCGUGUCCACGUCCAAAUUGGUCCAAGAGGCAUAUGAGUCGUCAUCGUCGUCGUCAAGCAGCAGCACCAGCAGCACAGUUUCCGAUUCGCAGGACGUGCUGAACGGUGACGUCCACAAACUACAUGCGGCCAAUACGAUCCGAGCAAAGCUCGCCGGAACUAUCGGAAGUACCAUUGCCGACCACGACACCGAGACCGCUCUGAACAAACUCCAGGAAAAAAGAUUAUUGAAAACUGGAGAACUAUCUCAACAGGAAAACCAAAACAUAAGUGCUGCCACGAUGAAAGUGCAGACCGAUUCGUUUAGUUCGGAAAAGAAAGCUUCAAGCGCACAACAACAAAGACAAACAAUAACGUCCUCAGGAAUGUUCAACCAAGAAAAACAUAUAGCUCAGUCAUCACAAUCGAACUUUACGUUCACUAAAAAAGGCAUUUGUACGAGUUCAAAAGCCGUGUCAUCUGCUACUUCACAAUCUUCUCACAACGGGUCCUCUUCUGGUGGCAGUGGUUCAUCACCUCCAUCGACACACGUGAUUAGAAGUGUCGACGAUCUGUUAAACACUAAUUUUGAUGAUCUAGACCAGAUGCGAGAAAUAGCCAACACUCAAGAUGUGGAAAACGCCAUAAAAAAGUAUUCGCUGUACCUGGAAAACGCUGUAAAAGGACUGAUGAGUGGAAAAUAUGCAGAUGCUAAAGGCCCGAUAAUGCUCAACAAAAUGUUCGACAUGAUUUGCAAGGCGUGGGCCGUGCCGACCUACGAGCUUGGGUACGCGUUAUGUAACACAUUCCGGGAUUGUGGUGGUAUGGAUUUGUUGAUCAACAAUUGUGUGUCUAAAGACCAAAAACUCCAGUUCUCCAGUGCCAGAUUACUGGAACAAUGUUUGACUACUGAAAAUCGCUCAUACGUAGUGGAAAACGGGCUGGAAAAGGUCGUACAUGUAGUGUGUGCAUACAAGAGUCAAGUAAGCUCGGCCGAUCAAUCUAAAGUCAGUACUGGAAUUCUUGAGCACCUAUUUAAACACAGUGAAAUGACAUGCAGCGAUGUUAUCAAACUCGGUGGCUUGGACGUAUUGCUGUACGAGUGUCGCAGACGAGACAUCGCUACCCUGAGACACUGUGCCGGUGCACUAGCCAACCUCUCGCUAUAUGGAGGUGCUGAGAAUCAAGAGCUGAUGAUCAAGCGUAACGUGCCUACAUGGUUGUUCACGUUGGCGUUCAAUACGGACGACAACAUCAAGUAUUACGCGUUUUUGGCUAUAGCUGUUUUGGUAGCCAACAAAGAAAUUGAAGCGGCCGUGCUCAAGUCUGAGACUCUGGACCUAAUCGACCCGUUCGUCACCACCCACACACCGUCAGAAUUUGCCAAGUCGAAUCUAGCCCACGCCCACGGCCAGAGUCACCAUUGGCUAGAGAGGUUGGUCCCUGUUUUGAGCUCAAUCCGGGAGGAAGCAUGCAACUUGGCCGCUUUCCACUUUUGCAUGGAGGCUGGCAUCAAAAAGCAACAGGGCAAGACCAGUAUAUUCAACGUGAUUAAUGCUGUUGAACCACUGAAGAAAGUGGCCAGUUGCCCUAACGCCAUAGCAUCCAAAUUUGCUGCCCAAGCAUUGCGACUGAUCGGCGAAGAAGUACCGCAUAAGCUAAGUCAAAAAGUACCACUGUGGUCACCCGAAGACGUUCAAGAAUGGGUCAGACAGAUCGGCUUCAGCGAGUGCUCUAAAAACUUCGUGGAUAGCCGAGUAGAUGGUGAUCUGCUGUUGCAGUUGACCGAGCAAAAUUUGAGGGACGACAUCGGAAUACAUAACGGAAUCAUGCGAAGAAGGUUUAUGAGAGAAAUACACAAUUUGAAACGAUUGGCGGAUUACAGUAGUAGAGACACAACAAAUCUGAACUCGUUCCUCCAGUCCAUAGGUCCAGAAUUCUCCGUGUACACUUAUUCUAUGUUAAAUGCUGGCGUUGAUAGAGAUUCCAUAAGAUUCUUAUCAGAAGACCAGCUCAUACAAGAGUGUGGAAUAUCAAAUAGCAUUCACCGGUAUAGAAUACUAGACUCGAUAAGAGACAUGGAGACGUUAAUAGAUACGUCCUCUUACGAAGAAAACAUGAAUAAGAACUUGGACGUAUUUAUCAGUUACAGAAGAUCGACUGGAUCUCAAUUAGCUAGUUUACUCAAAGUACAUCUACAACUUCGAGGAUACUCAGUAUUCAUCGACGUCGAACGUCUGGAAGCCGGCAAGUUCGACAACAAUUUAUUGCAGAGUAUUAAGCAGGCGAAAAACUUCAUAUUAGUACUGACACCAAAGUCUUUGGAUAGAUGUAUAGGUGAUAACGAAUGCAAAGACUGGGUGCACAAGGAAAUUGUGGCUGCUAUACAGGACCAGUGCAACAUCAUUCCGAUUAUGGACAACUUCGCAUGGCCUGAACCAGAAACCUUGCCAGAGGACAUGCAAAACGUGUGGAAGUUCAACGGCGUGCGAUGGAUACACGACUACCAGGACGCGUGCGUGGAGAAGGUGGAACGGUUCAUGCGUGGUGAGCUGAAUGGGAUCCGGGAUGGUGCCAGUUCGGGACUGUCGCUGAAUCGAUCCGGCGGCGUCGGCGGUGGCAUCGGCACAUCCACCAUCAAGAGUGACCCGUCGGCGCCAAAUACGCCGCUGACCGUGGGCAGAUCGCCGCCAACAUACCAGCGGACUCAGUCUAACGACAGUGAACGCGACUUGACCGGUAGCAAAGAUUGA